AUGACCUCUUUGCCGUCGCCCGCGAGUUCGCCAUCGCUGACGCCAUCAGAUUCGACCGCCCAACUCAACUCAAACCGCAAAAGACAGCGUAGCCGCUCGAUGCAGUCAGACACUUCCACCGCCUCCGUUAAGCGUUCGGUUUCCGAAGGAAAUUCCCUCGAAUCGGUUCGCUCAGACCAGAUGUCCAGUCUGACAAUCGCAGACUCGAACCAGGACAUUGAUGCAUACAUGGCGGAGCAGGGAGAGGCCGAUAUUCCACAAACUCUUUCUUUGACACCUCCGCCCGAAGGCGCCACACAGUCGACGAUGUCUACCUCGGACGAAUGGUCGUUAUCGGCAUCGGAGAAGUGGCAAUUGGUGGAUAGGGCAAAGAAUAAACCAAUGACCGCAGGCGAGACCUGGUAUCUGGUGUCCAGAGAAUGGUGGAAACUCUGGGCCAGGGCUGUCGGCGGCCUCUCAGACAAAGAAGCUCCAGUCCCGGAAAACGAAGUAGGACCCGUUGACAAUUCACCUCUGCUCGAUGCCUCCGGUAGACUCACACCAGGCGUUGUUGAAGGUGUCCAGGUAGAGUUCGUCCCCGCAGAAGUUUGGUCCCACUUCGAUUCCUGGUACGGUCCUGCAAAUCACGCAAUCCCUCGGCGAGUUAUCGAGCGAGGCAUGUUUGGGACUACGACCGUCCUCGAGCUAUAUCCCGCAGAGAUCAAGGUCUUCCGGCUAUCUCGCGAUUCCGCUGAAAAGGCUGCCGCUGGGCCCCAUUAUCCGACCAUCCAAGUCUCCAUGGGCGAUACGCUCAAGGAUCUAUGCACCAGGGUCGCCGAUGCAGUCAAGAUCGAUCCGACGGUCGAUACCCCAUAUCGCGUCUGGAGACCCACCGCUGUUCCGGACGACUGGCGAAGCAUCGACUUCCCAACGUCCUCUCUUGAGGACGCUGAUGCCAAAGUGAUAGACGAGAGCCCUCACCUUCUCGAAAACCAGAAUAUCAUGUCCGGCGACGCAUUCAUCGUAGAGUUCAAGCAGCCCGAUGGGUGGCUUAUAGACACCCAAGCCGCAGCGAAAAAACCUGUGGCCGCUAUAGAACCGCCCCCACCAUUAUUCGAUUCGAAGAAUAGCUUUUUUAAUCGCCUUGGGACAUCCUCAUCCACAGUCGCCACUACCAAGGCCAGCACAGAACUUUCUACGGCAUUCACAAAGCCGACCAUCUCGAUUAAUAAAUCAAGUUUCACGAAGACGCUGGAGCCAGGAACGCUGGGGCUUGGUAACAUGGGAAAUACGUGUUUUAUGAACUCUGCCUUGCAAUGCCUGGCCCACACGAAAGAGCUGACCGAGUAUUUCCUGAACGGGGUCUUCAAAGCCGAACUCAACCGCGACAAUCCAUUAGGUAUGCAGGGCCAAAUCGCUGAAGUUUUCGGCGCCCUGCUUGAGCGCAUCUGGGCGUCUUCCGGUCCAUCAACGAGCUAUUCCCCUCGAGAAUUCAAGCAAACCCUUCAAAGAUUCGCCCCUCAGUUCAGUGGCUACCAGCAGCACGAUUCCCAGGAACUCGUCGCCUUUUUACUUGAUGGACUGCACGAAGAUUUGAACCGCGUCAUCAAGAAGCCUUACGUUGAGAAACCCGACUGGGAGGGAGGCGGAGAUGCAGAACUGGUGAAACUAGCGGCCAAGUCCUGGGAGGGAUACAUGCUUCGAAAUGAUAGCGUCAUCGUCGACCUCUUCCAAGGCCAGUAUCAAAGUACCCUUGUGUGCCCUGAAUGCGAGAAGAUUUCCAUCACCUUCGACCCAUUCAUGUACCUAACACUUCCACUGCCUGUGCAAAAGAAGUGGAAGCACACCAUCUUCUAUGUCCCCUGGGACUUAGAAAAACCCCAUGUCAAGGUGCCCAUUGAAAUCAACCGCGAUUCUUCUUUCAGAGACCUUCGGAAUGUCCUUGGGCGCUGGGUCGGGGCAAUUCCAGAGAAUCUCCUCAUGCUCGAAAUUUUCCAGCACAAGUUCUAUAAGCUGCUUGACGACAGUCUUCCCGUGAAUGAAAUGUCGGAGACUGACGUCAUUGUGUGCUUUGAACUCCCCUGCAAUGCCCGAAUGAACCGAACCUACAAGAAGAAGGAAGACGAUCCUUUCAUCCUCCCACUUUUCCUUUGCGAUGCAAAGCCCACAGCGACCCGCGGCUUCACAUACCGCUCGGGCCCUUCCUUGUUUGGUUACCCAGCUAUUGUUGUCGUCGACAGAGGCCAAGCCACAACCGUCGACGCAAUUUACGAUGCGGUUAUUACCCGCCUUCAGCGCUGGACCAAGAAUGCACGGGACUUGUACGAUUGGGAGGUAUCGUCCGAACCCAUCAGUGAAGUCUCUAUCCCAGUCCCUGGCUUCCCACCUCUGGAGACGGUUACAGAAAUUACCCCUACUGCCGAGGGCGAGGUCGUCGUCCAACCCUCCGCCGAGGAAAGCGUUAUCGUGGACGAAAAGAAUAUGGUUGUCGACGAAGAAGCCCCGUCGGACGACGUCGAACUCGAAGUUGGCACACCCAGGCCCUACCGUACCAAGAAGGACGUCUUCACCCUCAAGAUUUACACGAAUCAAAAGGAGUAUGGGGCCGGCUAUGGCACGUACUCCAGAACAGAAGAAUGGGCGACAUGGGAGCAUCGCUUGGCAGACCAAGAGACAGGGAUCGAUCCUUUCCUGAUCCGCCAAGACGACGCUUUGUACGCCGAGUUCGACGAGAACAUGAAGGCCUACUAUUUCGGAGAUUCGAAGCUUGAGAAUGCUCGAUGGGACGAGCGUGAGUGGGAAGAGUUCGUUCAUCCAGAGUUGGCGGCGAACCAGAAGGCCGAUUCAUUGAAACAAAGAAGGGGGAUCACUCUGCAAGACUGUUUGGAGGAGUUUGUUAAGGAGGAACAGUUGGGCGAGGAUGAUCUGUGGUAUUGCCCAUCGUGCAAGAAGCAUCAACAGGCGACCAAGAAAUUCGAUUUGUGGAAAGCGCCGGACAUCCUGGUCGUACAUCUCAAGCGCUUCAGCAAUAACCGGAUUCUCCGCGAUAAGAUCGAUACCUUUGUCGACUUUCCAGUUGAAGGGCUGGAUUUGGGUGAUAAGGUUGGGGAACGGGCAGUGGCUACGAGGUUGAAGGAGCAAGGGGUGGAGCUGGAAGAGUUGAAGACAGUGAAUCUCGACGAGCCCCUCGUUUAUGAUUUGUUCGCCGUGGAUGAACACAUGGGCGGACUUGGUGGUGGACAUUACCGUGCCUAUGCUUCCAACCACCUGACGGGCAAGUGGUACCACUUUGACGACGGAUAUGUGAAACAAGCGUCAGCGGAGGAGUCUGUGAAUUCCAAUGCUUAUCUCCUCUUUUAUCGACGUCGCUCCAGCAAGCCCUUGGGGGGUGAAACCUACCAGCGGGCCAUGCAGAAGAAACCACAGGUCGAACCCUCGCUUGACGACUCGGAGUCGACCGAAAUCAAUCUGGACGACUCUGGGUUACCGACUCCUCCAAGUGAAGGAGAUGCCACUUUUAUUGGGCCCUCGGACAGGUUCUCACCUUCUUCUUCCACGCUCCCAUUUGCUGACUAUUGGAACCGUUCGAAUCCCACAUCCUCUGGACCAUCCCCUCCCAAUGACGACCCACCCACCUUUGAAGACGCGCAAUCUGAUCCAUUGGUCAUUCCGGACGUUCAUGAAUCGUUCGCAUACGAUAGUGGAAUCUACAUGUCCUCAUACCGCAGAACGUCGCCAACAUCCUCUAACGAAGCUGAAGCUGACGGGGCGGAAUCGUUUUGGGACGAACUCGUCGACAGUGGCAGGAAUUCACCGAGCUGGGAGAAGGGGAGCAGGUUUGCGUCGCCCUCGCAUUCUGAGUCGCAGUCGUCGGAUUUGAAUUUGAAUCCGUUUGACGACCAGAAUGUGCAGCGGAUCGAGCUGGACGAUGAUGUUAAGGAUGAAGCUGAUGUGACUAAACGAGCCUGA